AUGGCGGGGGAGCUGGCGCUGAGCCGGCGGCGCGGCGCGUCCCGUGCGAGCUACGAGGUGCUGAGCGAGGCGGACCUGGAGGAGGAGGCGCAGCGGGAACCUGCCGAGCCCUCGCUCCGCGGCUGCCUCCGGAAGGUCAGAUGCUCGGCCUCCACCGCCAAGUCCCUGCUCUUCCGGUUCCUGCCCUUCCUGCGCUGGCUGCCCCGCUACCCGGUCAAGGACUGGCUCCUGGGGGACAUCAUCUCGGGAUUCAGCGUGGGCAUCAUGCACCUGCCCCAGGGGCUCGCCUACGCGCUGCUGGCCGGGCUGCCGCCCGUCACUGGCCUCUACUCCUCCUUCUACCCCGUCUUCCUCUACUUCUUCUUUGGGACAUCCAGACACAACUCUGUGGGUCCCUUUGCCAUCAUCUCCGUCAUGAUUGGGAGCGUGACGGAGUCCUUGGUGCCCAGUGAGGAUUUCCUGGAGCCUGUCAAUGGCACCAACGUGACAAUUGUCAAUGAAGCACGCCGGGAUGCUGCUAGGGUGGAGCUAGUGGCCACACUCACCAUCUUGGUGGGCAUCUUCCAGGUAGCCCUAGGUCUCCUGCAGUUUGGCUUUGUGGUGACCUAUCUCUCAGACCCACUGGUGCGUGGUUACACCACUGCUGCCUCUGUGCAUGUUCUCAUCUCCCAGCUCAAGUAUGUCUUUGGCAUCUCCCUGGGAGAGCACUCAGGGCCACUCUCACUGUUCAUGACCUUCAUUGAAAUCUGCCAGAAUCUGCCGAAGACCAACGUCGGUACCCUGGUGACAGCCAUCAUUGCUAUGGUGGCCAUCUUCAUUGUGAAGGAGCUCAACCACAAGUUCUCUGCCAAGCUGCCCAUGCCCAUCCCCAUCGAGCUCAUCACGAUCAUCGUCUCCACUGGCAUCUCCUACGGUGCCAACCUGAACGCCAAGUUCGGCGUCUCUGUAGUGGGUGACAUCCCCAGUGGGUUGAAGCCGCCCAUGGCCCCUAAUAUCAACUACUUUGGGCAGGUGGCAGGCAAUGCGUUCGCCAUUGCUGUGGUGGGCUAUGCCAUCUGCAUCUCUUUGGGCAAGAUAUUUGCUCUGAAGCAUGGCUACAAAGUGGACAGCAACCAGGAGCUGAUAGCUCUGGGUUUCUCCAACUUCCUGGGUGGCUUUUUCCAGUGUUUCGCCAUCAGCUGCUCCAUGUCGCGGAGCCUGGUGCAGGAGAGCACUGGAGGCAAUAGCCAGGUGGCUGGUGUUGUUGCAUCCCUGGUCAUCUUAGUGACCAUCCUAAAGAUUGGAGAGCUCUUCCGGGACCUGCCCAAGGCCAUCCUAGCUGCUAUCAUCAUCGUUAACCUCAAGGGCAUGUUCAAGCAGUUCACUGAUUUCCGCACGCUCUGGAAGUCCAACAGGGUGGACUUGAUGGUCUGGAUUGUGACGUUUGUGGCCACCCUCCUGCUCAACUUGGACAUCGGCCUGGGGGCCUCGGUGGCCUUUGCACUGCUCACCAUCAUCUUCCAGACACAGCUGCCUCACUACUCUAUCCUGGGGCAUAUUUCUGACACAGACAUCUAUAGGGACGUGGCUGAAUACAAGAAGGCUCAGGAGGUCCCUGGCGUGAAGAUUUUCCGCUCCUCCUCCACCAUCUAUUUUGCCAAUGCAGAGCUGUACACUGAGGCCCUGAAGAAGAAGAGUGGCAUUAAUGUGGACAAGCUGAUUGAGAAGAAGAAGAAGGCUCUCAAGAAGCUGAAGAAAAGGCAGAAGCAAGCUGAGAAGGAGAAGGCAAAGAGGCAAAAGGCGGCAGCGAAUGAGUGCAAUGGGCCAGGCAUCGCAGUGAUCGAGCUGAGCCAGGAGGCAGCAGAGAGCAACGCACCCACCGAGCCCACUCUGCACUCCCUGGGGCUUCCCGUUCCCAACUUCCACACUGUCAUCCUGGACUUCAGCCCUGUCAACUUUGUGGACACCGUUUCCAUAAAGAUCCUAAAGAACAUCUUCAGGGAUUUCCGGGACAUAGAAGUCGAUGUCCUCCUUGCUGGCUGCCCAGCAUCUGUCAUCGCCCAGCUGGAGAGGGGCAACUUCUUCAGCCAGACCAUCACGAAGCACCACUUCUUUGCUUCUGUGCAUGAUGCCGUGGUCCACGCUACCGGACAACGGGAAGAGGCCCUGGUGUGCUCCAGCACCAAAAUGUAGCCCCACGAGAGGGGGACAUUGGAGCCCCGCUGCUGAGGGAGGUUUCCAGA